AUGAAUCCAUCAGCGCUGGUGGCCUGUCUCGUGUCUCUCGUGUCUGCCAUCCCGAACCCCGGGUCCUACCACAAGCCCUGGGCAACGCAUGCUGGCUGCGCCUCCAUCGUCCGAAGAUUCGACUGGCAGCAGAACACCUCUGAGCCCUUGUACCGACGAUUCCACGCGUGCUUGGCGAGGCGCAAGGAUUUACCGGAUUGGGCACACAAGAGCCGGCCGGCCUUGUUCUCAGGCGAGCAUUAUCCAAUCUCGGUCGUACCUUCAAUCAGCGGGGUGCCUCUCUAUUGGAUCACCCCAGUUUAUGACUACGUCGUCUCGAACUUUAUCAGGAAGGAAGGCACCUACGAGCCUAUGGAGCUUGAGGUCUUCCGCAAUUUGGUGAAAGAGGGUGACGUCGUCUGCGACAUAGGCUCACAUGUGGGGAGCUACUCGAUCCCUUUGGCUUUCCAUGUGGGUCAGAAUGGUCGUGUACAUGCCUUCGAGCCCUUCCGGGUGGUGUUCCAGCUGCUAACAGGAAACGUUGCCAUCAAUGGGCUCUACAACUUCUACACUCAUAACGUGGCACUGGGCGAGAAGUCGGAGGUGCUGCGCGUUCAGAGCCCUGCACUGAAGAAAUCGAGCAACAUAGGUGCCACGAGUGUCUACUAUCAGGCGAAGCCUGUCUACGGGGAAAAUCAUGUCCUGCAGUACGAGGGCGAAGAGUUUGUGAAGGUGGAGACUCUCGACUCCUUCCAGAUUGAGCAGGUGCAUUUCAUGAAGAUUGACGUGGAGGGGGCUCUGGAGAAGGUUCUGCGUGGAGGCCAAGAGACCAUUGAGCGAAAUCGGCCCUUGAUAGCAUGUGAGCAUGGUGAGGUGACUGCACCUGAGCUUCUGGUGGCUUGGAGCUACCGCUGCAUCUUGGUCUUGCCCGUGCAUGACCUCUGGGUUUGUGUACCGCAGGAAAAAUGGUGGCGAUAUCGGUGGCUUGAAACAACCGAUUUUGGGUAUGGGCCUGCAGCAGAAGCUGCUGCCCAGCAAGAUCUUGCUCAGGAAGUUCGGAGGAGUACAGAUCCACCCAAGCUCUUCCGAGAAGGGGAGGGUUUUCAGCUCCCAAAGGUGCGCCCGGAGUCCGGCGUAUUUCUGAGAGCAAAGAAAGUGCAGUCGGAGAGGCGCACGCCUUUGCAAGUGGGUGCCUGUGCCAAGCCCGAAGACGAGCGCCUGCAGCCCGAAACAAAAGACGAUGCAGAGGAGGGCAAUCGGCAGAACAGCAACAACAAGCAUUUUGCAGUCCAGUACAACCCAGGUCCGGGACGGGCUUUCUGGCACCUGCUCCUCACUCCAGGCCCGGCCUCGGGUGGGGUUUUUUGGGCAAUGGACUGCGUCCAUGGGAAUCCUGGAGAGGUUUGGGCACCGGUCUCUGCUCAGAUGGGGCUCCGCUGGGCUCUGCACGGCCCUCGCGGGACUCUUUGCCUGGCCAAGAAGAAGAAGGGCGGCGGCGGCGGUGGCGGUGGCGGCGGUGGCAGUGGAGGUGCUGAGGAAGGCGACGUAGACAUCGACACCGAGGCCAUCGUCGCAGACUUCGAGGAGAAAAUGAAGAAGUCCGUCGUCCUCCUCGAGGAUAACCUGAGAACGAUCAGAGCUGGAAAGGCAACUCCUUCCCUGUUGGACAGCGUGAAGGUGAAUGCUUACGAGUCUGUUCUGAAACUCGAGGAGGUUGCGACCGUCACCGCUUCUGACACCACCACGCUGAUGGUGAACGUCUUCGAUGAGACGGUCGUGGGAGCGGUCGUAAAGGCCAUCCAGACGGCCGAUCUGGGUUUCACGGCUUCGGAGACCAAGCCUCAGAGAAGUUCUGUCCCGACACAGGGCCUUCCCCGCAGCUUCGGGCAGCUUAGGAUGGGCCAGUCAGUGAAGGUCAACAUCCCCCCCCUCACGAAGGAGAAGCGCGUGCAGUACGUGAAGCUGGCCAAGGACUACGCGGAGAAGUCCAAGGUCGCGGUCCGGAAUGUCCGGCAAGCAGCAAUGAAGAAGAUCAAGAGCUUCAACAAGAAGCUCCCGGAAGAUACGGCGCCGAGCUCAAACUUCGCUUCCGCACGAAGCCCGAGGAUCCCGGAACCCUAA